AUACGCGGCUGUCGAGGAUUGCCGGCAGCUCACGUGCUUCGAAAAACCGUCGGCUUUCGCUCACCGCGCCGGCAGGGUGUAACGAGUUGCUCAUAACGACCAGGUACGCACACUCAGGUAAAGUGGAGAAAAAAAAGAUAGAUUGACGUUCACUUGUAGUUGAAGCUGUAGUUAGCUCGCGUCAGCUUGGAGGAAUGAGACGAACUGCUGCGAGCCGUAAAGGGAGUUGCUGACAUAGGCGUCUCGUCAGCGCCACGCUUUAAACGUUACGUUACUGCCGUUCGUGCAAGUUACCAAGCUACCUGUGCUUCUCGGCUCAUUGCAAGAAUAACAGAGUGUACACAAUCCUGUCCGUCGUGCACUGCCUGCGUCGAACGGCGUCAUUAGAAAGAAGGAUCGAAGGGUCACGGCCAUUCGCCAUCAUCAUCGAGUCCACUCCUCUUUUCUUCGGCGGUUGCUGCACGUUCGCACUGUGGUUCCCAGGAGUGCUCUUCUCAAGGAACACAGCGGAUACAAGCUGCCAUCGACCUUUUCAUCUCAUCUCUGCGUUUCAGUCUAAGGUUUGGUUUCAGUUAGCUUUUUUUUUUUCGAUUAGUGCCUGUUCUGUUCAGCUCGCAACGGUGACGACGAUAGUGUGAGUGCUUGUUCUCAGAAGGACAAGAGAGUCAAGUGUAGAAGAUGCCUCGUGGGAAGAUGGAGACCGGUAGUGGCGGCGGCAACGGCAAACACCACCGGAAGCGUGACCGGCUGAGCCCCGUGGGCGGGGGCUCGUACGAGCGGCGCAACAGCGACAUCGAACUGGACAAGGUGACCGGACCUCCCGAGGCCUUCUUCCACCAGGCGAGGCAAUCGAGGCGAGCCUCGGUCAUGGCUGAAUUGGUCAUCAAGCAGCUGGAGGACCAGGACCAGGAGGAGAAAAAGGUCACAGGUGUGGUGGCUGCAACCAGCGUUCUUCAUCAAAGAGCAAAUGAAAUACGGCAACAAAGGGUCAAUUGGCAGUCCUACCUACAGAGCCAGAUGAUAACGCAAGAGGACUACAACUUCAUCGUUGCGCUGGACCAGUCGACAACACCUGAGAGCAGGGCCAACCUGCUCAAACAGCAGCGGCUGCAGUCAGCCAAGACCUUCUUCAACAUGCUGGGUCACAUCUCAAGAGACCAGACCAUCCAGUACAUCCUCAUCUUGAUUGAUGAGAUGCUUCAGGAGGACAAGUCAAGGGUGGAGAUCUUCAAGGAGUAUUGCCGCAAGAAAAAGGAGUCUGUCUGGACCCAGUUUCUGAACUUGCUGAAUCGACCAGAUGGCUUCAUUGUCAACAUGACAAGUCGCAUCAUUGCCAAGAUUGCUUGCUGGAGUCGAGAGCUGAUGGAGGGUUCCGACUUGCAGCAUUACCUCACCUGGCUCAAGGACCAACUUCGCAUGCCGAACAACGACUACAUCCAGUCUGUGGCCCGAUGUCUGCAGAUGAUGCUGCGGAUCAAUGAGUACAAGCUAGCCUUUGUUGCCAUUGACGGCAUCUCAACCAUUGUGACAGUGCUGGCUGGUCGUGUGAACUUCCAAAUCCAGUACCAACUUACCUUCUGCCUCUGGGUCCUCACCUUCAAUGUAGACUUGGCUAAACGGAUGAGCAAGUACAACAUCAUACCAAUCCUGGCUGAUAUUCUCAGCGAAUCGGGAAAAGAGAAAGUGGCAAGGAUCAUCCUGGCAACAUUCAGGAACCUGAUCGAGAAGCCUGAUGAGAAUGAGAUCAAGCGGGACAAUGCCAUCGCCAUGGUGCAAUGCAAGGUCUCAAGACAGCUUGAGAUACUUCAGGGCAAGAAAUUUGCCGACCCUGACAUUGUGGAGGACAUUGAGUACCUGGAGGAGAAGCUCAACACCAGUGUACAGGACAUGAGUUCCUUCGACGAGUAUGCCACUGAGAUAAAAUCUGGUCGUCUCGAGUGGGGCCCUGUUCACAGCUCGGAGAAGUUCUGGCGGGAGAAUGCAGACAAGCUCAACGAGAAGAACUAUGAGCUGCUCAAGAUCUUGGUGCGCCUGUUGGAGACCAGCAGAGAUCCCCUUGUCCUGAGUGUCGCUGCCCAUGACGUUGGAGAGUAUGUCCGUUACUAUCCACGAGGAAAACAUGUCAUUGAGAAACUAGGUGGCAAGCAUCUCGUUAUGCAGCUGCUAGGCCAUGAGGACCCCAAUGUGCGGUACGAGGCUCUGCUCUGUGUCCAGAAGAUCAUGGUGCACAACUGGGAGUACCUUGGAAAACAACUGGAGAAAGAAACUAGCACCUCAAGGCCAGCUCAAGGCCCAACCAGAUCAUAACUUUCGUCUGGGCAUGUCACCUUGCUUCUUUAGCCUCAGGAAGGGAUGUGUAAUAAAUCUGUGUAUUUAUUUAACCAAAGGGCACUUAAGCUAUCAGCAUUCCUUAAGCUUAACAGAUUUUUUUUUUUAUAAUUCCGGCUGCUCCAUGCACACAGUGCAGCAAGAGCAACAUUCCAUAAAGAACUGCCAUUACAUAAGUACUUGCUGAAGACAAGUGAAAAUGUUCUUCCUAGUCUGAAAAUGUGAAUAUCGUUCAAUGCUGACAUAUUCUACUGUGUGCAGAGCGUUUUUCUGGGUGCAUCUUGCUGACGAUCUAACCCAGAAUCAUCCACGUACUUAACUGUUUAGCACGGUUUGUUUGUCCCAGCAUUGUAUAAAAGCCGCUGAGAACACGUGUAGCAAUAAAGAUGUUUGUGAGCACGAA